UCAUGUGUGAUUAUCCAGAUGUUGAAUUCAUGUCUGGGGUCAAGUUUUUCUGCAGAGGGGAGGAUUUCACCUGUAAGGAUAUUUUGUCAACAAAAGUUCUGACGUUAAACGAGAAAUUCAGACUCACAAACACCAACAGAGGCUUCGACGUGUCCAUCAGGGAUGUUUCCUCACAGGACGCCGGUGUCUACUGGUGUGGAGUGGAAUCAAAUGGUGGAAGCUACAAAGCUUCAAUCAGACAAAUAAAACUGGUGAUUGAAGAGCCAUCAACAGCAUCACCAACUUUCACACAGUCAGCUGUUGUUCCUCACGUGAGCUCUGAGCCAUCAACAGCAUCACCAACUUUCACACAGUCAGCUGCUGUUCCUCACGUGAGCUCUGGUGUCUUCGAGCUGGUCAUUACUGUAAUGAAGUGUAUAACUGUGCUGGUGCUUCUGGGAGUUUCAAUCCUUAUCUUCAAACGACUGUGUGUCCAAGGAGAUACAGGAGCACCUCCAGCAGCCAGAAGAUGCAGCAAACUCAAUUUGUGUCACUCCCAGCAUUCCCACAGAUGUUGCUGCCUCACCACAUUAUGCUAG